UAUUUACUCCAGCCCACACACCAAACGCGAUCUCGGCCGGAGUAUCCCUGUAAUCUCAGGCGCCACCGGACCUCCGUCCUUCCCCUGGCCGUUUCGACUUGUCUCCUUUCUCGCUCUCCAGGUGCAUCUCGGUACUCUCCGUGGCGUAUUGCCAUCGCGGUAAGGUGCAGCGGAGAUGACUACCCGAAUCACCCCCGGUGUCGGAGCCAACCUCCUCGGUCAGCACUCCGCAGAGAGGAACCAGGAGGCUACCACAUAUGUCGGCAACCUUGACCCUCAGGUCGGGGAGGAGUUAUUGUGGGAGUUGUUUGUCCAAGCAGGCCCGGUUGUAAAUGUCUAUGUUCCAAAAGAUAGAGUUACAAAUCUUCAUCAAGGUUAUGGAUUUAUCGAGUUUCGCAGUGAAGAAGAUGCAGAUUAUGCUAUAAAGAUUUUGAACAUGAUUAAACUUUAUGGAAAGCCAAUACGUGUGAACAAGGCAUCCCAAGACAAGAAGAGCUUGGAUGUGGGGGCAAACCUUUUCGUUGGUAAUCUUGAUCCGGAUGUAGAUGAAAAGCUUCUUUAUGAUACAUUUAGUGCAUUCGGAGUUAUUGUGACAAAUCCCAAGAUAAUGCGUGACCCUGAGACUGGAAACUCGCGAGGAUUUGGUUUUGUUAGCUAUGAUUCUUUUGAGGCAUCUGAUGCAGCUAUAGAGUCAAUGAAUGGUCAGUAUCUUUGUAAUCGUCAAAUCACUGUUUCAUACGCUUACAAGAAAGAUACUAAAGGAGAACGACAUGGCACCCCAGCAGAGCGAGUUCUGGCAUCUAGCAACCCAGGAACUCAGAGGAUCAGGCCACACACCCUGUUUGCCAGCGGACCACCAACCCUUCCCAAUGGGGCUCCAGCGAAUGGACCAGUUCCUGCAGCAAUCCCUCCUAGGCCAUUCAUCAAUGGCCCCAUUCCUGCUGCUUCUGUCCCAGUAUUUCGCCCUCCGCCACCGCCAGUUGGGCAAUUUCCUCCUCCCAUGCAAUGGCCUGUGCAACCCCAACCUGGUCAAGCUUUUCCUCAACCUGUUAUGCCGCCACCACCUUUCCAACAAUUCAGACCUCCAGCAAACAUGCCCCCUCCACCUACAGGUAUGAUGAGACCACCACCACCACCACCCUCUGGUGCCGGUGUUCCAGCUGCUCUAUGGAGACCACCCCCGCCACUGCAGCAGAUGGCAGGAGGGCCUAUGCCUCCAAUGCCAAUGUCCAUGCCGCCACCUCCGCUGCCCAAUGGAUCUGCUCGAUGAGACCUAGUGAGCUCCUUCCUGCAGCAUUUUAAGUGACUGGAUACCUUGUUUUGCCUCGACUAACUGAAUUUUCUGAUCCGCCGAGUUGCAGGCAAGCUGAAGCAGCAGUUUACAGUAGGCUAAGAAAUCUUAGGCAACCUGUUGUAUCUUAAUUUGAAUCCCUGGCGAACUUGUUAAAAUGAUUGUAGAUUUGCAUUAGAAUUCUCAUGGAAAUUAUAAAUUUGCAUUAGAGUUAUUUUAAAUAGUA